UGAUUUGCAUACCAAAUGUGUGGUGGAUGUUGAUGCAAACAAGAUUAUUCUUAAUCCUGUAAAUACAAAUCUUUCCAAAGGAGAUGCCCGGAGCCAGCCAAAGGUGUUUGCUUAUGAUCAUUGUUUCUGGUCCAUGGAUGAAUCUGUCCGAGAAAAGUAUGCAGGUCAAGAUGAUGUUUUCAAGUGCCUUGGAGAAAAUAUCCUUCAGAAUGCUUUUGAUGGCUACAAUGCAUGCAUCUUUGCCUAUGGACAGACAGGGUCUGGAAAAUCUUACACUAUGAUGGGCACAGUGGACCAGCCUGGAUUAAUCCCAAGACUCUGCAGUGGACUCUUUGAACGAACCCAGAAAGAGGAAAAUGAGGAGCAGAGUUUUAAAGUAGAAGUGUCCUACAUGGAAAUUUAUAAUGAAAAAGUUCGAGACCUUCUUGAUCCCAAAGGAAGUCGUCAGACCUUGAAAGUCAGAGAACAUAGUGUGUUGGGACCCUAUGUGGAUGGACUUUCUAAACUGGCUGUAACAAGCUAUAAGGAUAUUGAGUCUUUGAUGUCUGAGGGAAACAAAUCUCGGACAGUUGCUGCAACCAACAUGAAUGAGGAGAGUAGCCGAUCCCAUGCAGUCUUCAAAAUCACCCUCACACAUACUCUGUAUGAUGUGAAAUCUGGGACAUCUGGGGAGAAAGUGGGCAAACUGAGCUUGGUUGAUUUAGCUGGCAGUGAACGAGCAACGAAAACCGGAGCUGCUGGUGACCGGCUAAAGGAGGGCAGCAACAUUAACAAGUCCCUUACAACUCUCGGUCUGGUCAUCUCGGCUCUAGCGGAUCAGAGUGCUGGCAAAAACAAAAAUAAGUUUGUACCAUAUCGGGACUCAGUUCUCACAUGGCUGCUCAAAGACAGCCUUGGGGGUAAUAGCAAGACAGCCAUGGUGGCUACGGUGAGCCCAGCCGCGGACAACUACGAUGAGACCCUCUCAACAUUGAGGUACGCGGAUCGAGCCAAGCACAUUGUCAAUCACGCUGUAGUGAACGAAGAUCCCAACGCUCGUAUCAUCCGGGACCUCCGGGAAGAAGUUGAGAAGCUCCGUGAACAGCUGACUAAGGCAGAGGCAAUGAAAUCUCCAGAGCUAAAAGACCGGCUAGAAGAAUCGGAGAAGCUAAUCCAGGAAAUGACGGUGACCUGGGAGGAGAAAUUGAGGAAAACCGAGGAGAUUGCACAGGAACGGCAGAAACAGCUGGAGAGCCUGGGAAUCUCUCUGCAGUCUUCAGGAAUCAAAGUUGGGGAUGACAAGUGUUUCCUUGUUAAUCUGAAUGCUGAUCCUGCUCUGAAUGAACUCCUGGUGUAUUAUCUGAAGGAACAUACAUUGAUAGGGUCAGCAGAUUCCCAGGACAUCCAGCUGUGUGGAAUGGGGAUUCUUCCUGAACACUGCAUCAUAGACAUCACGUCAGAAGGCCAGGUUGUGCUCACUCCUCACAAGAACACUAGAACAUUUGUAAACGGGUCCUCUGUCUCCAGUUCAACACAGCUGCACCAUGGAGACAGGAUAUUAUGGGGGAACAACCAUUUCUUCAGACUCAGUUUGCCUAAAAAGAAAAAGAAAGCAGAACGAGAGGAAGAGGAGCAGGACACCUCCCUGCGGAACGAUAACAGUUCUGAGCAGUUGGACGUGGAUGGGGACUCCUCUAGUGAGGUGUCCAGUGAGAUCAGCUUCAAUUUUGAGUAUGCACAGAUGGAGGUGACCAUGAAGGCCCUGGGCAGUAAUGAUCCAAUGCAGUCGAUAUUGAACAGCCUAGAACAGCAGCAUGAAGAAGAGAAACGCUCCGCACUAGAACGGCAGAGGCUCAUGUAUGAACAGGAGCUGGAGCAGCUCCGAAGAAGGCUGUCCCCCGAGAAGCAGAGCUAUCGUACAGGAGACCGGCUGUCUUUCCACUCGCCCAGCGCCCAGCAGCGCCUGAGGCAGUGGGCGGAGGAGAGAGAAGCAACGUUGAACAACAGCCUGAUGAGACUGAGGGAGCAGAUCGUUAAGGCCAAUCUGUUGGUGAGAGAAGCUAGUUACAUCGCAGAGGAGCUGGAUAAAAGAACCGAAUACAAAGUGACCCUGCAGAUUCCUGCCUCCAGCCUGGAUGCCAACAGGAAGCGAGGCUCUCUCCUCAGUGAGCCUGCAAUCCAAGUGAGACGAAGAGGAAAAGGAAAGCAGAUUUGGUCUUUGGAAAAACUGGACAACAGGCUGCUGGAUAUGAGAGAUCUUUAUCAGGAGUGGAAAGAGUGUGACGAGGACACCCCGGUUAUCCGAUCGUACUUCAAGCGUGCUGACCCAUUCUAUGACGAGCAGGAAAAUCACAGUCUCAUUGGGGUGGCCAAUGUCUUCCUGGAAUCCCUGUUCUAUGAUGUGAAGUUACAGUAUGCUGUCCCGAUCGUCAAUCAGAAGGGAGAGGUGGCUGGUCGGCUGCAUGUAGAGGUGAUGCGAAUCAGUGGUGCCAUUGGGGAGAGAAUCGCAGGAGGUGACGACGCUGCGGAGGGCUCCUUUGAGAAGGAGGCCCAGGAGAGCAGACUGGUGUGCAUGGUGAAAAUAUUUCAAGCCACGGGGUUGCCACAGCACUUGGCCCACUUCGUGUUCUGCAAAUACGACUUCUGGGAUCAGCAGGAGCCAGUGAUAGUCGUGCCUGAGGUGGAUACCUCCUCCUCCCCGGUCAGCAAGGAGCCUCAGUGCAUGGUUGUCUUUGAUCACUGCAGAGAGUUUUCUGUUAACAUCACGGAAGACUUCAUUGAGCAUCUAUCAGAAGGGGCCUUGGCAAUUGAAGUAUAUGGACAUAAAAUGAAUGACCCCCGGAAAAACCCAGCCCUGUGGGAUUUGGGAAUCAUCCAAGCAAAAACACGAAGUCUUCGGGACAGGUGGAGCGAAGUCACCAGGAAAUUGGAAUUCUGGGUUCAGAUCUUGGAACAGAAUGAGAAUGGUGAAUACUGCCCUGUAGAAGUGAUUCCCGCCAAGGAUGUUCCAACGGGAGGAGUCUUCCAGCUCCGGCAGGGGCAGUCCCGGCGAGUUCAAGUUGAAGUGAAGUCUGUGCAGGAGUCUGGGACUUUGCCGUUGGUGGAAGAGUGUAUACUGUCUGUUGGCAUUGGAUGCCUGAAAGUCAGACCACUCAGGUCCCCCAGAACUCUUGACGCCUUCCAGGAGGAAGAGGAGGACAUGGACAGCUACCAGGAUCGGGAUUUAGAGCGAUUACGUAGAAAAUGGCUAAAUGUGCUAACAAAGCGUCAAGAGUAUUUGGAUCAACAGCUACAAAAGCUUGUCAGCAAACCUGAUAAAACAGAAGAUGAUGCUGACCGUGAGGCACAGCUCCUAGAGAUGCGGUUGACUCUAACUGAGGAAAGGAACGCUGUGAUGGUCCCCUCUGCUGGCAGUGGCAUUCCAGGGGCCCCUGCAGAAUGGACACCAGUUCCUGGGAUGGAAGCCCACAUUCCUGUUAUAUUCCUUGACCUGAAUGCUGAUGAUUUCAGCUCUCAGGAUAACCUUGACGACCCAGAAGCUGGAGGAUGGGAUGCCACCCUGACUGGGGAAGAGGAGGACGAGUUCUUUGAACUCCAGGUCGUGAAACACCAUGAUGGAGAGGUGAAAGCAGAGGCCUCCUGGGACUCCGCAGUGCAUAGCUGUCCUCAGCUCAGCAAGGGCACGCCCACAGACGAGCGCCUGUUCCUGAUUGUGCGUGUAACAGUCCAGCUUAGUCAUCCCGCUGACAUGCAGCUGGUCUUACGCAAAAGAAUUUGUGUGCACGUUCACGGCCGGCAGGGUUUUGCUCAAAGUCUCCUAAAAAAGAUGUCUCAUCGAAGUUCUAUUCCUGGAUGUGGAGUGACCUUUGAAAUUGUCUCCAAUAUUCCAGAGGAGGCCCAGGGAGUGGAGGAGCGAGAGGCGUUAGCAAGGAUGGCUGCCAACGUGGAGAACCCGGCUUCCGCCGACUCAGAGGCGUAUAUCGAGAAGUACCUGCGGAGUGUGCUGGCUGUGGAAAACCUGCUGACCCUGGAUCGCCUGCGCCAGGAAGUGGCCGUGAAGGAGCAGCUGACGGGGAAAGGCAAGCUGAGCAGGAGGAGCAUUAGCUCUCCCAAUGUGAACAGAUUGUCUGGAAGCCGGCAAGACCUUAUCCCCUCGUACAAUCUGGGCGUCAACAAGGGCCGGUGGGAAAGUCAACAGGAUGUAUCCCAAACUACGGUUUCCAGAGGAAUAGCUCCAGUCCCCCCUGCCCUCUCUGCUUGUCCCCAAAAUAACCACUCGCCAGAUCCAGGGCUUGGUAGCCUAGCAGCCUCCUACUUGAAUCCAGUAAAAUCCCUGGUGCCACAGAUGCCAAAGCUGCUGAAGUCCCUUUUUCCUGUCCGCGAUGACAGAAGGGGCAAACAGCCACCUCCCCUUGCACAUCAGCCGGCGCCUCGGAUCCUGGUGCAGCCAGCCUUCGCCGAUGCCCGGGUGACCAGGACAGAGGAGGCCCGGCAUGGCAGCCUCGGGCCUGGUGUGGCCUCUGAAACUGCGGCGCAGACGGCAGCCCUUGGGGCGAAGAGCUCCGAGAAACCAGCCAAAGUGCCUUCCCCACCGCCCGCCGCUGUGGUCACCCAGGUCCCGGAAGGGCAGGACGGCCCCCCCAGCCCCCUGAGUGAGGCCUCCAGCGGCUACUUCUCUCACAGUGUCUCCACUGCCACCCUGUCCGAUGCACUCUGCCUGGGCCUGGAUGUUGCUGUCCCUGCUGGCCAGACGCCUGGCUCCCCACCAGCCCCCAGCCAGGCUGCCCCGGAGGCUGGGCUGGCCUUUCCCUCCUGUGCGCAGAGCCACCCACCUGGACCUGAGGAGCCUGCUGCCCAGCCUCCUCCGCCUGCCCCCAGCAGGGACCCUGAGGCCUCCAGGGCCCUGUUGCUCCCUGACCCCCCACCGUUGGCACCUGUGUCCCCGUUCAGAAUCCAGAAGGUGCGGACCUCGGAGCUGAAGUCGUUCACAUGCAUGCUGGGCGGUGGCUCUGGGAUCCAGGAGGACCUGCUUGCCACAGUAGGGUCUGAUGACACUGGGGGGCAGGCCCUGGGGACACCAGAAGUGGCCUCUGAUUCUGAGGAUACCAGUGAAGUCCCCGAGUGGCUCAAAGAGGGGGAGUACGUUGCUGUGGGCACCAGCAAGACGGGCAUCGUGAGGUACGUCGGGCCUGCUGACUUCCAGGAGGGGACAUGGAUUGGUGUGGAGCUGGACCUUCCGUCAGGAAAGAAUGACGGCUCCAUCGGUGGGAAGCAGUACUUCAAGUGCAAGCCGGGCUACGGGCUGCUGGUGAGGCCCGGGCGCGUGCGCAGGGCUGCGGGGGCGGGGCGCAGGCGCAGCUCGGGGCUCCGGCCGCAGGGCGCCCCCGAGGCCCGCCGGAGCGCCACCCAAGCAGGCUGAGGGAUGCCCUUUGCACGACACAGGGCCGGUGACUGCCCGUUCCCUGUCCUCCCGGCCCUGGAAGCUGGGCUUCUCCCUGUCCUCGGUGGCCGAGGAGGCCCCCAGCUGUGCCUCCCGGUGGCGGGUGGGAAGUGCGGGCCAGAGCCGGUGGUGGGACCACCGUGGGGGCCCGGGCACUCCGCCUGCCUGGGGGCACCCAGCAGGUCUUCCCCUCUCUUCUGGCACCCUGACGCCUUAAUUUAAGGAGUGACUU